UUGGGGAGAACCAAAGUUUGUGGCUAUUCAACAGAAAAGGGCCAUCUGGCUUUUCGUAUACGUCUACUGCUGAAGAAGUCACCCAUGGAAUCAACGGCUCUGGUCUCACUGCCAUUGUUACAGGAGUGGGGGGAAUUCCCUUUAUGCUUUCCAAAGACAACAUAGAGCUGCAAUUUGCCACAAAUCACCUAGGUCAUUUUCUUUUGACAAAUUUGUUGUUGGACAAGAUGAAGGAGACAACACGUACAACAAAGAGAGAGGGAAGGAUUGUGAAUCUUUCCUCACGGCUUCAUAGAUUGGCAUAUAGCAAGGGAAUUCAGUUUGACAAAAUUAAUGACCCCAAAAGCUACAACAUCAUCGGUGGAUACAGCCAAUCAAAGCUGGCCAACAUACUGCAUGCAAAUGAGCUUACAAGACGCUUAAAGGAAGAUGGAAUUGAAAUAACUGCAAAUUCACUUCAUCCCGGAGAAAUCACAACCAACAUUUUUCGUCAUAUGGGUGUUGUUGAUGGUCUUGUAAGCACGCUUGGUAAAUUUUUGUUCAAAAAUGUUCAACAGGGAGCAUCAACCACCUGUUAUCUUGCAUUGCAUUCACAAGUGAAGGGGGUAAGCGGUGAAUAUUUUCAGGACAACAAUUUGGCCACGCCAACAGCGAUGGCUAAGGACGUGGAUUUGGCUAAGAGACUUUGGGAUUUUAGUAUGGCUUUGGUCAAGUAACAUCUAACAUGUACCAAUAAAACAGAAAAGUAACUUUGUAUUUGUUAGGUGUUUAUCUUAUUAACAAUACUUAUUACAUUAAGAGUUGGAGAUGAAUUUCGGGCAGUAAUCUUACUAUAUCAUUUGUUUGGGAGAAUUCGAGAGAGGAUUAAGAACACAUUUAUUAUACUUGUGAACCAAUUCGAUGAGAAGAAAAGACCAUUUCUCUUUCUUGUUAUAGUUUAUUACUGUA